AUGUCUUCGGAACCACCGCCUACUUACUCGCUCGGGCUGCCGCACGAUUUCCCCGACCACAGACCAGCACCAGCCAUCGAGCCAGAAAUCAUUAUUAUCCCUAUCGGAAACGAUGUCAGCUUCCAGAGAGGCUAUCUGGGUGCCAAUGGCGAGCGGGCGGCGAUCGAGGGCGAGUUGCAGCUGAAGAGUGCGGACAGCUUCCGCUGGGAGAAAGUGUUCGUUGUCCUGCCCACAUUCAGCCAAAUGGCACGACUAACAGCAGGCAUAUGUCUUAGGAUCAUGUCUCUCCGUACGGUGGAGACGGCUUUUGAGACCGAAAUUGAACUCAGCGCUUCGCAGGCGACCCUUCACUCCUCCAGUUCCGAGGGACCGUCGUUGCGAUCGAGCUUCCUCUUCGCCAUACCACUCCCCCUGGACACUCCCCAGUGCAUACACACGUCCCGCUCCUCGCUCAGCCACACCCUCACUGCACGCGUGUAUGCUCCGGGCAGUGUGUCGCCCGCGUUGUCGAAAUCGGUCGUGGUACAUACACGCCGGUAUUCGUCACACCAGCAUGCGUGUCCCAUCUCUCCCGUGAAGAGGACCCUAGAAGACCCUACCCAUAUUUCUAUCGAAGUACCGAGGACCACUUUCAAGGCUGGCGAGCCUGUGCCUAUCUACGUGACCGUACCCGUUCCCCGGAGGGAAUUGGUGGUAGAACAUGGCCUUAGGAUUCGCAAUAUCCGAGCAGAACUGGUUCGCCUUGUUCAAGUCAAGGACAAGGAGGAAGGCGACCUCAAUUUUGGUGCCAACGUCGACUUCGAUAUGCCUCCUGGCGGUGCUCGGAGGGACGGUCAUCACGAUGCAUCCUCUUCUGCAGUGCAGAAAUCUGACAUGCAGCCGUCCUCGUCGACAGAUGUCGGUCUUAGGCCCAUCUCCGGCGUACGUGGAGAGCAGAAAACUGUAUCACUAUCUGGAGCAUCAUGCCGUCUGCAUCCGACCCGUCCGCUUCGCGUUCGACUCGUCUUACACUCAGUGGCAGAUUCUCCCAUAGGUCUGCCCACCCAAGACCUGUCCCCGACCGCAGAACAUUACACCUCCGAAGAUAUCGAGUGUGCGUCUAUCACUCAAACCACUCUGCUCCAUGCCGUCUUAUUUCGCCUCCGUGUCCGAAUCGCGUUCAUGAACAUGUCAAGCCGCACCGAGCACAUUUCCAGCGUCUCCUUCCCUAUCGUGAUUCUCCCCCCGAGUGCACCGCUGCCUGAAAUAGAGGAAUCGAUGCACAAUGCGUACCACAAGAAGCAUGAUCGUCCCCCUACGAGGACGGUCCGAAUGGACGAUUGCGAUGUUCCUCAAUACGAGGAAGGUGAAGCAGGACCGAGCUUCCUUUCUGGCGCCCCUCCACCAUUCGAGGAGCGCGAGGCGCCUCCGCCGUUCUUCUCGAGUGAACUCGAGGCAUCUUCGUCGUCGCGACUGCCUACUUUUCAGGAGUCUGAAAGGGAGAUCUACGUCCCGUCGAGUGAAGACCCAUCCAUCGACCCACCCCCGUCGCUGGGCUCAGAAUGGGCCUUUGAAGGCGAAGGCACGCUCUUCGGCUUCCCCGCAUCGGAACAAUUCGAUGGCUACGCGGACAUGGACCGCUCUUUCACACCCCCUCCAACGGUCGAGAUGGCAAGUCGGGAUACGGAUGUGACAGGGCUCGCGAACAUGAAUGCGGACGCCGCCAUCGAAGCCUUAGGCCUUGCUUUAGGCUUGGAGAGUUCUGCUGAGACAAUAGAAGACGGACCCCCUCCACCGCCACCGCCUAUGGAUGAUCCUUCAGAUCCUCCCCCAUCCAUCGACUCUGCAUUCAGAGGCCCGCAAGGGCACCGUCAUACCCCCAGUCCACAUCCUGGUCAGCCCCACGGGCUUACCAGUAACUCAAUCGCCGACCAGAUUGCUCAUCCCCUUUCCGCACCUCCGACCGACACAGAUGGAUCUCACGGGCAUGCACCACCUCCAUACCGUGUACCUGACGGCGAAGCAGGGCAAGAUCAUGGAACGGGUCCCCCUCCUUACGUGGAUUUGGUACACCACCCGCAAUCUUAG